CCCACUUCCAACCUAGGAGGCUUUUGGUUUCUGCUUUUGUUGUUUUUAAAAUUAAAAGUUAAACCCAGGAAGCAGUGGAUCAGACUUUUGCGUUGCAGUUCGGCACAUGGAUUAAUUGAUGGACAUUACGUUUAUGGAGCUACCUUUUGGUGAACAGUUUCUAAGAAGAAAAAGGGGCCCUUGAAUCAAAGAAGAUGCCUCGAACUAAGCAGAUUCAUCCCAGAAAUCUAAGAGACAAAAUUGAAGAAGCACAAAAAGAACUUAAUGGGGCAGAAGUGUCAAAAAAAGAAAUCUUGGAGGCUGGUAUUAAAGGAACUUCAGAAUCACUUAAAGGUGUGAAACGAAAAAAGAUUGUAGCUGAGAAUCACCUGAAAAAAAUACCCAAAUCCCCUCUGAGAAAUCCUCUUCAGGCAAAACAUAAACAAAAUACGGAAGAGUCAUCUCUUGCUGUUCUUCAGAGUACUUCAGAGUCUCACAAGAAACAGAAUCACAGUCCUGUAAAAAAUGGGAAGCAAUUUACCAAACACAACGGAGAAACACCUGGGAUAAUUACCGAGGCCGCCAAGUCUGAAGAACCUGUCUCCCCAAAGAAGCCCCUGUUCCUGGCGCAUCCAACCGAACUGCGCAGGUGGAGCUCAGAAGGCGCCGACCCCGCCAAGUUCAGUUUCCUCGAUGGGAAAUGUGACUCUAGUUCUUUGUCGAGUAAAACCAGGACUGACCGUAGUGAAUGUAUCUCCUCUAAGUGUAGUCCUCCUUCCUCCUCAUACACAAACACCGCAUUUGAUGUCUUACUGAAAGCAAUGGAGCCAGAACUGAGCACCUUGGCACAAAAGGGCUCAUCUUGUGCAGUUAAGAUAGAAAAACUAAGACCAAAUAAAACUGUACAACCUCCCUCUCAAUUAAAAAACAGCUCAAUAGAUGCCCCAAGUCAGACUUCGCAAGAAUGUGUUUCUGAAUCCCAGUCUUGUACCUCAGGCACAGUGCCUGUGUCUGCCACUCAGACGAGUGAGCCAGCGUCAGCCCAGGCUGUUUCUCAUCCAUAUAAUCAACACGAACACUUUGUUCCUAAAACCAACCAACAGAAUCCACAGCUUCCAGUGUGUUCAGGUUUCACAAGACCGCCGAUGAACCUGCACAGUCAAGAGAACCCCAAUCCUGAACAGGCAUAUCACACAGCAGUGCCAGCAUCUGUAGGUCUGACUGCACCUUCCAGUAGAACUCAGGUUAUUCCUCAAAACCAGCACAUGGAUUCUGCUUCACCUGUGUCCAUCAGCCCGGCCCAUUCUGCACAGUCACUCCCCACACCAGUGUACAGUUCAACGCCUGUCGCCUCAGUUGUGAAUCACAGCGUUGAGCAAAUGUGCAAUCUUCUUCUGAAAGAUCAGAAGCAAAAAAAACAAGGAAAAUAUAUUUGCGAGUAUUGCAAUAGAGCAUGUGCAAAGCCAAGUGUACUUCUGAAGCAUAUCCGCUCCCACACUGGGGAGCGGCCCUAUCCCUGUGUGACCUGUGGAUUUUCAUUUAAGACUAAAAGUAAUCUGUACAAGCACAAAAAAUCCCACGCACAUACUAUCAAGCUGGGCCUCGUCUUGCAGCCGGAUGCUGGUGGUUUGUUCCUGUCGCACGAGUCCCCCAAAGCACUUAGUAUCCACUCAGACGCAGAAGACAGCGGGGAGAGCGAUGAUGAGAGCGCUGCUGAUGACAGGCAGAAUGACCCGGGCUCCGUGGACCUGCAGCCUGGACAGAUAAUGAAAAUGAUUUCAAAUUCUGCCGCUUUACCCCAAUCAACUUCCAUUCCAAGCAAUCCAGAUCAUGUGGUAGGUGACGUUUUACAGGACAAAUCUUCAGAAUCACAAGCUAUGACAGAGUUACCAAAAGUCGUGGUCCACCCUGUCAAUGUGACCCCUUUAAGAGUGGACAGCCCAAAGUUUACGGAUUCUAAGCUUGAACCUUCUAGUGCACAGAAACAGAAGGACCUUCAGGUUACCAGUGUGCUGUCACAUUCAGCCUGGACGUCCUCCCUAGAGACUGAUGAAAGGUCCCAUCAGAAAGGGAACACGAGCCAGCCAGAGGCAAAACAAGACUCCUCUCAUGUAGGAACAGUACAUGCCCAGCUACAAAGGCAGCAGGCUACUGAUUACUCCCAAGAGCAACAAGGAAAACUUCUGAGUCCUCGAAGUUUAGGAAGUACAGAUUCUGGUUACUUUUCACGUUCCGAAAGUGCUGAUCAAACAGUGAGCCCACCAGCUCCUUUUGCCAGAACAUUACCCACUAUGGAACAAGACUCAAAUAAGAAUAUUGGGCCCUCCACACCUCGUAUCAAUACACCAGCACCUUCUACAUUGCCAACAGGUGAAAAAGCAUUGCUUUUACCAGGUCAGAUGCGCCCACCUUUGGCAACAAAAACACUUGAAGAACGGAUAUCAAAGCUUAUCUCAGACAAUGAAGCCCUGGUAGAUGACAAGCAACUGGACAGUGUGAAGCCACGGAGAACCUCUCUUUCACGACGAGGAAGUAUUGAUUCCCCCAAAUCCUACAUAUUUAAGGAUUCUUUCCAGUUUGAUUUAAAACCAAUGGGACGGAGAACAAGUUCAAGCUCUGAUAUACCAAAGUCCCCUUUCACCCCCACUGAGAAGUCAAAGCAGGUGUUUCUUCUCUCCGUACCUUCCCUUGACUGUUUACCUAUUACAAGAAGUAAUUCUAUGCCUACCACAGGUUAUUCAGCAGUACCUGCGAACAUAAUACCUCCCCCCCACCCACUGAGAGGAAGUCAGUCCUUUGAUGACAAAAUCGGCGCUCUCUAUGAUGAUGUCUUUGUAUCAGGACCUAACACUUCUGUGCCCCAAAGUGGACAUCCCCGUACCCUCGUCAGACAAGCAGCAGUCGAAGACUCUUCCACAGGUGAAAACCAUGUCCUCGGUACUGGACAGUCCUUGGACGAGAGCUAUCAAGGAUGCAGUGCCACUAGCGAAAUGGCCACGAGGAACAGGUCAUUGGCACCAGGCUCACAUGUAGAGAAAAAGAAGUCUCAUCAAGGGCGGGGGACAAUGUUUGAGUGUGAAACUUGUAGAAACAGGUAUAGAAAACUGGAAAAUUUCGAAAACCAUAAGAAAUUUUACUGUUCAGAGUUACAUGGACCAAAAACAAAGGUAGCUGUGAGGGAACCGGAACACAGCCCCAUGCCUAGCAGUACACAACCCCAGAUUCUGCACUACAGAGUGGCUGGUUCCACGGGGACCUGGGAACAGACGCCCCAGAUAAGGAAAAGGAGGAAGAUGAAAAGCGUUGGAGACGAUGAUGAAGUUCAGCAGAACGAAAGCGGAGCUUCUCCGAAAAGCUCCGAAGGACUUCCGUUUCAGAAUACUAUGGGCUCUGCUUCCAGUUUGCCUAAACACAGUGUUGUCAUCACAAGUGACCAGCAGCAUCAAAAUACGCAGUUGCAAAACGCCCAAAUUCAGCUUGUUGCACGAGGCCCCGAGCAGACCGUGGAUCCAAAGCUGUCCACCAUCGUGGAGCAACAGGUCGGCUCCGCGGCCCAGGACAAGAUGGAGUCGAAGAGACAUGGAGCUGGGAUCUCGGUUAUCCAGCACACCAACUCACUGAGCAGACCCGGCUCGUUUGACAAGCUCGAGUCCUUUGAAAGAGGCCCUCCCGCUGCUUUUCAGGAGCUGAGUAGAACAGUGAAGCUCGGGCCCCUGAAAGUGAUCGGGAUUUCCCCAGAGGAAUGUCACCCUGCUCGGAACACGUUUCAUCCUCAGCAGCCUGCACUCUCAGAUGUUCUUCGAGCAGAACUUCAGGAAGGUUCAAGAAAGUUCUCAAGUGAACGGCAUGUGUUAGGACAGCCCUCAAGGCUUGUUCGGCAACACAGCAUCCAAGUCCCAGAAAUUCUGGUCACAGAAGAGCCAGAUCGGGACCUUGGAAGCCAAGGACCCGAUCAGGAAAAAUCAGAGAAGUUCAGUUGGCCUCAGCGUAGCGAAACGCUGUCCAAAUUGCCGACAGAGAAACUGCCACCCAAAAAGAAGAGGCUCCGUCUUGCCGAGAUAGAGCAUUCCUCAACUGAGUCAAGUUUUGAUUCCACACUCUCCAGGAGUCUAAGUAAGGAGAGCAGCCUAUCUCAUACCUCCAGUUUCUCAGCCUCAUUAGAUGUAGAGGAUGUUUCUAAACCGGAGGCUUCCCCCAAAAUCGCUUUUCUCAAUAAAACAGAGUUUCUCUUGAUCCCAGCUGGCUCUAAUGCACUAAACAUUCCCGGAACACACCGGGAAAUGAGGCGCGCUGCCUCCGAACAGAUCAGCUGCGUGCAGACGUCCAUGGAGGUCUCUGAUGUCAGAAGUAAGUCAUUUGACUGUGGAAGCAUAACUCCACCUCAGACAACGCCACUUGUUGACUUGCAGCCUCCAACGUCCCCUUCUGGCAUGGGGGUGACCGGGCACGUGCCUCUCUUGGAGAGAAGGAGAGGCCCACUGAUACGGCAGAUAUCUUUAAACAUAGCUCCAGAGAGUCACAUGUCUGCUGGGAACCUGUCAUCUUUCCAAACGAUUGCUCUUCCUGGUGUGAGUGCACUGCCAUUGCAGGGGCCUCCGCUCACUAAUGUGUCCUUAGCUGAGUUUCCUGCGAACACUAUGCACUCCCAGACCCAGGUGAGGGAUCUGCAAACAGAAACUUCAGAUUCCAACUCUGCUAACAUCUUUCCUGUUCAACAGCUCUUUGGUAUUAAUGUGUUAAAUCAAAUCCAUGCACCCCUUAGCCACCAUAACACACAGAUGUCUCUGCAAAUGUCUACACAGAGUGUCAAACCAGAUGCAAAUACCAGUGUGUGUGUAUCUUCUAACAGUGAGGAUCGCUUUGCUCCCAAGUACCAACUGCAGUGUCAGGUUUUCACUUCAAGCCAGUCUUGCUCUUCUAACCCUGUACAUUCUUUGCCAAAGCCAGUUCUUUCAGAUCCAGUUGGAGCUGACCAUCAUAUGACUUCACUAGCAUUAGCAACCAGACAAGUAGAUGCCAUGUCCAGUUCAUGUCCUCCACCGCCACCAAAGCUCGGGCCCCUCGGUGGUCAGGUGCAGAAGGUGCCGACAUCGUUUGCACUGCCCGUGUCUCUGCAGAGUAAUGUUCCAGGGUACUGCUUUGCCACGGUCACACCUCUGCCACAGAUCCUUGUGACCCAAGAUCUGUCCAGUCAGCCCGUUUGCCAGCCUAAUCAUAGUGUGGUGCCAAUCAGUGAAGAACAAAAUUGUCUGCCAAAAUUGCAAAAAGUUCACCAGAAUGCUUUGCCAAACCCAGAGGAAAAACUUGUUUGCGAAAAUGUUUUUUCAGAGAUGGGCCAAAAUUCUUCUCUGUCAGAAUCCUUGCCCGGACCCCAGAAAAUGUCUAUUGGUAGACUUUCCCCCCAACAGGAACCUUCAGCUACAAGUAAAAGGAUGCUUUCCCCAGCAAACAGUUUGGACAUUGCCAUGGAAAAGCAUCAAAAGCGAGCCAAAGAUGAAAAUGGAGCUGUUUGUGCAACAGAUAUCAGACCAUUCGAACCACUGAAUUCAAGAGCGAAUGAAGUCAAUAAACAGAAGAAACCUGUUUUAGUGAGGCAGGUCUGUACUACUGAGCCCCUUGAAGUGGUGACAUUGGAACAAGAUACUUUUUCUCAACCUGAAAUUAAUAGUGAGGUGGUUAAUUUCACAGAUGUUUUACCAGCUGAUAAUGUAUCAUCAGGACACUCUGAGUCUGUGGUUGUAAAACCUAUAAAAGAGUUGCAAGAAUUUGAAAACAUCAAAUCAUCCACAUCGCUUACUCCUACAGCUAGAAAUUCGCCUGUCCCUUCAGAAAAUACCCACAUUUCUCCUUUGCAAAGGGUAGAUGAUAACCAAGAAAGGAAUUCUCUGGAGGUGAAAAAUCAAGGUGACACAUUGUGCAUCCAAGAACAAAGUCAACCUACAACCACCGCUCUUUCGGCGUCGGAUGCUGGAGACGGGCCGCAGCUGUCUUUCCCCAGCCUGAAGACCACGACCAGCUUUACGUGGUGUUAUCUCCUCAGACAGAGAACCUUACACGUGCCUCAGGAUGAUCAGAAAACUUCCGCCUACACUGACUGGACAGUCAGCGCCAGCAAUCCAAAUCCACUUGGUUUGCCUACAAAAGUUGCUCUUUCCCUCCUUAAUUCAAAACAGAAGAUUGAAAAAUCACUAUAUUGUCAAGCAAUAGCCACCCAUUCCAAAUCAGAUUUAUUGGUCUAUUCAAGCAAGUGGAAAAGCAACUUAAGCAAGAGAGCAUUAGGUAAUCAAAAGUCCACAGUAGUUGAAUUCAGCAAUAAAGAUGCCUCUGAAAUUAACAGUGAGCAAGAUAAAGAAAAUUCCUUAAUCAAAAGUGAACCAAGAAGAAUUAAAAUAUUUGAUGGAGGAUAUAAAUCAAAUGAAGAGUAUGUAUAUGUCCGAGGCAGGGGAAGAGGAAAGUACAUUUGUGAAGAAUGUGGAAUACGUUGUAAGAAACCUAGUAUGUUAAAGAAACACAUACGAACCCACACAGAUGUCCGCCCCUACCACUGCACUUACUGUAACUUCUCCUUUAAGACGAAAGGAAAUCUGACAAAACACAUGAAGUCCAAGACACAUAGCAAGAAAUGUGUGGAUUUAGGCGUCUCAGUAGGUUUAAUAGAUGAACAAGAUACAGAAGAAUCAGAUGAUAGACAAAGAUUCAGUUACGAGAGGUCUGGGUACGAUCUUGAAGAAUCUGAUGGCCCAGAUGAGGAUGAUAAUGAAAAUGAAGAUGAUGAUGAAGACAGCCAGGCUGAAUCGGUUCUGUCGGCAGCUCCCUCUGUUACGGCCAGUCCUCAGCAUCUCCCAUCCAGAAGUAGCCUUCAGGACUGUGUGAGUGCUGAUGAGGACAUCAGGAUCACCGAUUGCUUUUCUGGGGUACACACAGACCCAAUGGAUGUUCUGCCGAGAGCGUUGCCCACCAAGAUGACCGUCCUUAGCACAGUGCAGUCAGACUACAGUAGGAAGACAGAGUCCCCCGUGAGGACCAGGCAGCAUGCUUCAAAAGGUGAAGAUGAGGCAGCUACUCCUGUAGACUCUUCGCGGUCACCUGAAACUGGACCCAGAUCUCCAUGUCAUCAAAUGUCUGUGGACUACCCUGAAUCAGACGAAAUUCUGAGAGGUUCUGUGGCAGGAAGGGCUGUUGCUUUAACACAGAGCACGUCCUCUGCCAGGCGUCCUCCGGCGGCUGAGCACAGCCUGCAGGCCGCCGCCGCCCCCGGGGCCUCUCCUCAGCCCGACACGAAGGAACGGAAGCAGCCGCCCGCUCUCCCAGCGACUCCAGGCCUGUCUUCUUCCCAGACUCGCUUGUUUAGCCACCUCCCUCUGCAUUCCCAGCAGCAGUCAAGGACACCCUACAACAUGGUUCCGGUCGGGGGGAUCCACGUGGUACCUGCCGGCCUCACGUACUCCACAUUUGUACCCAUUCAAGCUGGGCCCAUGCAGUUCACGAUUCCUGCCGUCAACGUCAUCCGCAGAACUGUGGGCGCUCCUGGGGAUCCCAUCACGGAGGCCUCCGGCACCACCCACCCCGCCGCAGCGGCUGAAUUGAGCAGCGUCGUGCCGUGCAUCCCCAUUGGGCAGAUCCGGGUGCCGGGCCUGCAGAACCUCGGGGCGCCGGGCGUGCAGUCCCUGCCGGCCCUGAGCGUGGACGCCGUCAACAUCGUAGGCCUCGCCAACGCCAGCAUCGCCCCGCAAGUGCACCCGCCGGGGCUGGCGCUCAACGCCGUGGGACUGCAGGUUUUGACUGCAAACCCCUCGUCACAGGGCAGCGCCACCCCCCAGGCGCACGUCCCCGGCCUGCAGAUCUUGAACAUAGCGUUGCCGACUUUAAUCCCCUCGGUCAGCCAGGUCCCCGUGGACGCACAGGGAGCUUCCGAAACGCUGGCUUCCCAGAGCAGAGCACAGGAGGCGCACCCCAAGCCGACUGCUGUCGCCAGUGGGAACCUGGGCAGCAGGACCGCGUCUCCUCAGGGCUCACUUCAAGUCCAGCGGGAAAAUGCAAAAAAAGUGCUCGAUCCACCUGCCCCUGCGAGAGACCACGCAAGGCUGGACGGCGCGAGCAAAAUGGACACAGGAAAGGCUGCCCCCGCCCAUCAGGUGAAGCCUGCACACCGGCUCCCUUCCAUCCAGGGCAAAGCAGCGCCCGCAGCAGAGUUCCCGUGCUCUCCAGACCGGCAGGUGCGCAGGCCGCCCCCGCUGCCCCGCAGGCAGGCCGCCGCGCAGUUCAGCGACGUGAGCAGCGACGACGACGAGGACAGGCUUGUGAUAGCGACCUAGUGCUUGUUCCGUUGUUUCUGCGGCGCUCACAGGUUUCUUUGAGAACCCUUCUCCCCUAAAGCACAUUUUUCUGACAUAAACUCAUGACUAAUCUCUGUGCAAUCAUGAACUUUGACCAAUAAUUGUUGUUUUGUGUCCGCUCCAGCCAUUUUUGUACAUGUUGUAUAGACA